GCGAAGUAGGAAGUAUCAUCUAGUGACCUGCUGCUACACGGGCAGGUUUUUUUUUGUUGUUGGCUUGUCGAUCAAAGGGCAUCUCUCUUCGCCGGGCACACCAAACCGAAACACGCUUCUUCUAAAACCGUAAAAUAACUCUUUGACAUUUCGAUUCGAAAAUAAGAAUCGUGGGCUUUCACGAGAACACCUAGCCCACACUUUACGCUUUCUGGCAGACAGAGUCGAGUCGACUCGCACAGCAGCGGCGUUUGCAUUAUUUUUUUUUUCUUUAUUCCGUUUUUUUUUUUUUUUUUUCCAAGAAAGUUUUGAAGACGAGAAAUGUCCCAAAGAGGACAAAAUCACACGAAUGGCUCGACCACCAUAACUGAGCAAGGGGAAGGCGGAGAGUCGCAACCCAGUGGCGGAACAGACUCCGAUCCAAGCCGGUCCGAGAACCGCCAAGCCGGCGAAGGGGACCAAAUGUUGGGAGGGAUUGUAACGACAAAUAGGGUCCCUGGUCAACUGCAAGCGACCCCGCGAUUUAGUACGCUGUCCGCAUCGUCAAGCGGAUAUCAUUCACUCGACAUUUCCCUUCCAAACUCUCCCUUUAUGACUCAUAACAAGUCGACACAGACCCCCAGUCCGUCUAGUCAAGUAAUUGCCCAUGCACAACAGCGAAUUUCCCUGGGGCAGCAGAACCUGCGAGAUUAUGACACGCGACGAGCCCCUGUCCCCUUCUUUAGAACGCGGACGCUGUCGAUGCUGCCGGACAUGCGGCCAGAGAUGCUGGUCGCACGAGAGCUGCGGCGCAUCGGUGACAAGUUCAAUGAUAUCUACAUAAAUGGGAGGGCCGGGGACGGGAACCUCUGGGCAGCCCCUCGGCGAAUCCAACACAUGCACGUCUUCGUCCUGUGGAUUGCCAAUCUGCUGGAACGGCUGCUACAGUUCCUGAGGCAAAGAUGAUUGGAGGAUUGCUGACUGCCUCCCCACUUACCCACCCAGAACCCAGCAGAAACGUAGCAUUCCUGUACUCUGUAAAUACGUAAAUACGAAGAUCCAUUUUUGAGGAGGACACCUGAAUUUCUUCCUAUUAUGCUUCGUCGUUACCUGGACUGAGUCCGUUUUUUCUUGGAGACCAAGGACAAUUGUACUAUUUCAAACUGCUUGGAUGGAUGCAGCUGUAGGAAUACUUUUAUACAGCAAAGGAGGCCCACCUCUCUGGCCUGACAGCUCUGCCAGGACAGGAAACUGUCACCAAGGAAACCAGGGCUGCUGUUGGACUGAGGGCUUUCCCUGGGAUAUGGCAACCCCCCCCCGGCCUUUUCUGUAAAUAAGCCUCCGUUUUGUUAAAGGCCUCUCCUCUGUUCCCACUAUCUUUCCAGCGUCGCCUUCCUUCAUUUCUUUCCUUCCAUCUAUUUAUUUUUUGUUUUGUAUUUAAUGUUCUCGUUUAUGUACUCUAAAUGUGUUUUUUUUCUUUUGUUUAAAGUGGUAUCUAUCAGUAAGUCAAUCAAUCAGCCAUCUACAAAUACUGUUUUGCUGCCCAGAAUCAAACCAAUCCUUGCCGUCGCGAUAAGUCCGACAUUUUCGUACAUGGAGAUUACCAUACACAUCUCUGCCAGGCUGUGUCCUAUUCACACAAAGACAUUAAUGUAGGAUCCCAGUCGCAUGCAAAAAUUUAACCUCGUGGUCGUUAUUGACCUGGUCGUCCCUGAGACUGUUCUGGUUCCAAGUGCCUCGGUUCCCAGUCCAACGUGCAGAAGGUACUUAGAAGAUGGAGCCAAGACCUUCUACUCAGCUCAGGGGCUACAUUUCACGUUUUAGAUGCUGCUCCAGGGUACACAUCCACAAAUCCACCAUCUACCUCUGAAUAAGUCAGAUCUGUCACUUUGGUUUUCAAGAGAUGCUCAGUGUUUUGUUGUUGUUUUUAAUAUUUCUCCCUCCAUGAGAAAACCGUGCAAAAGUGUGCGUUUACCCCUUGAUGUGGUGGAUGACGGCUGUUCUAAGAACAGGCUUGCCCUUCAGAGGGAAGUCUCACCCAUCCCUGUGCGUGCCGCAGUACCUGGGUGCGGAGUACAGAUGCCCCAGGCGUGGUAAAAUCACUCAGACAUCGACUGGAUGGCAUGUGAAUCCUCUUCAGUAUAACAGUGUUACAUUUCGGUGUUGAUAAUUAAUUACAAUAACGGGAGGAAUUAGUGUGAAGUUAAGUCUGCGGCUCGCGCCCCCACGCCAUGCCGAGAUCCGGUCCAGCCCUCUGUUUUGGAGUAUCGUGAUAUGCGGCUAGCUAAUGCUUCUUCCCUGUUACCGUGGUUACCCUGCGGAUCCUCCCGUUCAGAUUAAAGGUUUACUGGCAGAUUGUUAGCUGUUACUUGCAGAUAUGGUUGUCAGCAUGGUUUUAAUGUGGUUUUAAUAUGGUUUUGUUGAUGAAUUUUAACAUUAGCAGAUGACUGUAACAAUCGUGCGACCCAGGCUCAUCGCUCCGAAUGACAACCAUGGGCACCUAAGACCCAUCCGUCUGACCGUCAAGGAAUCUUCUCAGGUUUUAGGAGUGACCCCCAGCAACACACUAAUGGGGGCACCUUCCAAAGACACAUACAAAGUAUUAGCUAGCUGGGAAACUGCCGAUGCCUCUAGUCUAUCAGGCCUCGUGGCAUCGCUGUGAUAUUGGGACCCGCUUACUUUUAAGGAGCGCAGCAGGGCUUGGGACACUGGUCCCUCCUCUCGGGUUUCCGAAAUGUGCUUAUAAUCUUGUGAUUGAUGGAAACAGAAAGAAAUAAUGCAGCGGCAUUUUGCUGCCUCAAAUACACAUUUCUAAUGGGCAUCUUAUGGAAAAAAUCACAGACAGCCGUUGGAUUGGGGCCAAUUUCAUGGCACCUCAUCUCUUAUGACAGGCAGGCCAUCACAUUGGUUUGUAUGGUAAUAUGUUAUCGAAGGGUAAGACAUCGAUUACCUCAUGCCGACGUGCCCCCCCCCCCCCCAGCUUGGCGGCGAGCAGGACCACAACACACACGCAGGCCCAGGACACACACGCAUUGAUUACUGCUCAAUAGCAAAAUGCUGAUGUUAUACCACUUUACAGGACCCAGUACAACUGUAGCAAGAACUUUUUUAUCAUGUUUUUUAUUUUGCACUGAAACUAAAGUAAGAAUAGUGCAAUACUGCUGUAAAUACCUGCAUUUGAUUUUGUAUGUUCUACUAAAAAUAAAAUCUAAAGAAACUAAA